AGUCGCUUCGUGGUGAAUGCCGGCGGUUUUAAAGCACACGUGCAGAGCUGUUCAAUUAUUUUGACUAUUUUAUUUAAUGAAAAAUUGUUUAAACAAGCUAAAAACAUGCCGGCAGCUGUAGCUACAGGCGUGCAAAUCGCUGGACCAUUAAAAAACAAAAAGAUUGUAUUCAAUGAUGAAGGUGAAGCUGUGGCAAAACCCAAGUGGGAGAAGCACAACAAAAAGGCGCCCACAAACAAGCCACAAAACACCAAAAGUGCGACAAAUGGACAGGUGAAAAAGAUGCAGAGGAUAAAAUUCAGCGAGGAUGGCGAUGCAGAAGAGGAGGAAGUAAAGUUUAAUAAGCACAAAUCGGAGCCGGCAAAAAAGGGCAAUCAUUUAAUCUUCAAUAAUGAAAACACGGCAAAGAAGCCGCAGCGCAUAAAAUUCAACGAAGAUGGCGAAGAGAAGGAGCAAGGAUCGGACAGUGAAAGUGAAAAUGAGGCACAUGUGGCUGCGCCCAAGAAGCGGAAUAAUAAACAGUUCCAAAUGGACGAUUACGACCCACAAAAGAAAUGGUACCAAGUGCACACAGAAUAUCCGAGCACCGAUGAAGUCCUGGACAUGAAGGAGAACGAGCAGCUGGAGUUGUUCAAUCUAUGCAAAGCUUCCUUUGAGUCUGAGAAGAACACGUUCAAUAAGCGCAAUCCCACCGAUGCGCGCUGGCUGCAAACGGCGCUGCACAAGGGCACAGCCAAGGAUCGUGCCAAUGCAGGUGCUUUGCUUGUGACGAGCAAUCCGCUGGGCAAUCUGGAAGCACUGUCCAACCUGAUUGCCUUCUGCAAAAUAUCCAACAAAAGCAGCAACGAUGUCAUUGCUGUGCUGACGGAUCUGUGGCAAGAGGUGUUGCUGCCGCCACAGCGCAAACUGCUUGCCAUACACACGCGUGGCGCUGAUUGGAAGCUGCUCAAGAAGCAGGAUCUGCACAAGGAGCAAACACGUCGCAUCUAUGCCUAUUGGUACUUUGAGAAUGAGCUGAAGGAUCAGUAUCAUGAGUAUUUGAAGAAUCUAAUGCAAGGACUACAAACGGGUCAGGAACAUAACAAAACGGCUGCCAUUGUGGCUGCCUCAAAACUGCUCGCCUAUGCACCAGAGAAGGAGCAAAUGCUGCUCACCAUGCUUAUUAACAAAUUAGGCGAUCCUAUUGCCAAAAUCGCCUCCAAGGCGCUACAUCAUCUAAGCGAGGUGGCACAGAGACAUCCCAACAUGUGCGGCGUCAUUGUAGCCGAGGCCGAGAAGUUGCUCUUCCGUAACAACAUUGCCGAACGUGCCCAGCACUUUGCUUUGUGCUUCCUCGCCAGCAUUGCGCCUUCUGGACGGCCGGAAGUGUGCACCAAGCUGGUCAACAUAUGCUUUGCCUUGUUCAAGGUGCUUGUGCAGAAGGGCGCCGUCAAUAAUCGCACCAUGCAAGCGAUUCUGCGUUGCUUGCAAAAGGCCAUCACCGAGGCCCAACCGGCGAAGGGCAGCACCGAGCUUCUGACCAAGGAGAUGCAGGAUACCAUCUAUCGUCUGGUUCACUUGGCCGAUAUUCGAGUCUCGGUACAAACGUUGGGCCUGCUGCUGCAGUUGGUGACAGUGAAAACCGAGAAAACGGAUCGUUUCUACAAUGCGCUGUACAUUAAACUCUUGGAUCUGAAUCUGAUCAACAUUGGUGGCAAGACUGCAGCCCAACUGCUGCACAUUGUGCAUCGGGCCAUUCACAUUGACAAACAUGUGGCCAGAGCUCAGGCGUUUGUUAAGCGGCUGCUCCAGUUGGCGCUCUAUGCGCCGCCCAACAUGUCCGCAGGCUGCCUGAUUGUUCUCCACAAGCUGCUGCGAAUGCGCCGCGAGCUGGUUGGUGGCAUUGGAGAUAUAGAAAUGGCUGCAAAUGCUAAGCAACUGUUGCCCGCUGCUGCAGCUGAGGAUUUGGACAAGUUUGGCAGUGAUGGCGAGGAGGUUUAUAAAGAUGCAGAUGACGAGCAAACUGAUUCUGCUGUGAAAAAGGAAAAGGACCCUGUAGCAAGCUCCUGGCAUCAUGUCAAUCUUGUUGCCACCGAGGCGAAGGUGCGCGACAUCGAUGCCUGCAAAUACGAUCCAUAUCAUCGAGUGCCGGCAUUUGCGGGCGCUGGCUACGCCCUACGAAACGAGCUGCUGUUACUGCGUCAACAUUAUCAUCCCACGGUGCAGGUAUUUGCCGAACAGAUACUCCUGGAGAAACGCAUCGAUUACUAUGGCGAUCCAUUGCGUGACUUUGGAUUGCCUCAUUUCCUAGAGCGUUUUGCAUUCAAGAAUCCCAAGAAGUUGGACUAUCAGCAGGCAGUUGAUGGAGCCGCCAGCGCUGCCCACAAACGAUACACGUCCUUCGGAGCACGUGGCAAGCCGGUUAAGUCGCUGACCAAGACAAACUGCACAGAGGACGAGAUGUUUAUAUUCAAUUAUCUGGAGCAUAAACGCAAACUGGCGGAGCUGGUGGAGCAGACUAAGCAACAGAAAAAAGUAGAGGAAGAAGCUACAGAAGCGGCUGAUGAUGAUUUAAAAGAGGGUGAAGUGGAUGAUGAUGAAUUUGAAUCCUAUUUGGAUGAUUUCUUUGGCAAAAAGCUGAAGAAAGGUGAAGAUGGGGAGCAGGAUGAGGAGGAGCUAAAUUACUUGAAGGAACUGGGCGGUGAGCUGCAGGCGGACAAGUCCAAAAAGAAGGAAAAGAAAAAGAAACAAACAGAAGAUGAUGAAAUGGAGGACGAAUGGGAUGAUAAUGAUGCCGAGGAUGAGGAUGAAGAUGAGGACGAGGAGGCGGAUGAACUAUCGGAUGCAGGUGCAGAGGAUCAGUCGGAUGAUGAGACAGGCUCAAUCGAUUUGGAACCAUUGGAUGACAAUGAUGAUGAUGAUGAUGAUGAUGACGACGACGACGAUGAUGAUGGCUUACUAAACAUGGGUAACGAUAGUGAUGGUAGCGAGGCUCCUGAGAGUCCCGACGAGGACGAUGAUGAUGACGAGGACUCGCCACCCAAGACAAAGAAAUCACGCAAAGAUGUCGCCUUGAAUGAGCGCAACUUUGCGCAGAAACUAAAACACAGCGACGACAUGAGCUCGCUGUUUGCUGCUGCGGAUGAUUUCUCAGCACUGCUCGAGGAAACUGGCAAAACCAAGGGACAGGGCACCAGCAAUGCGGUCUUCAACAAGGAUAAAUCGUCUGAUAAACAGCUCAAGUGGGAGGAGAAGCGAAGGUCGAAUAGCAAAAACUAUACAAGCAAAAAGUUUGGCGGAGGCAAAGCUAAGAAAGGCGGUGGAAAGCCAAAAGUGGGCAAAAAGCGAAAACAUUAGCGGGUAAUUGGGAAGAGCGACGAAUGC